UUGAUGAAUGCCCUUGUUUACCAAAUAGAGGUUGUUUUUUUCUGUGUUUGUCCUUGUUUUGUAUUUAAUGAGAAAUGUGUUUUGUAUGCAUUUUAACAAUUACUGGAUCAAAACAGCUUUUCCUUAACUAAGAUAUGCAAGGCAAGAAUUGGGUUAAAAUGUCAGUUUAGAUCACUAGUAGAUACACAGGGAAGAAAGCUUUUGGUAUCCAUUUAUUGAGUUUCUUUCUAUUUAGCUCCCACUUCUGCCUCAGGCAUUAUUUUCAAUAGGGAUCUUAUUUCCUGAAGUUAAUGAUAUUAUAGCAAUUAUUGUUUUAGGAAAGCGAUAAUAGAAUGUGUGAAUAAAUUGAGUACCAAAAUGAAAUAAAUGUUAUCAAAGUCAAAGAGUAGAUGCUCGAAACUCAAUGUUUUCAACAAUCGAAACUUGAUUUAUUUCAUUUUGUGCUUAUUUGUAAAUAAUAUUACAGGUUUUUCGAUUAAAUACCAAACACAACUUUAAAUUUAUUUGGAUUGUUCUAGCAUAAACAUCUAAGUAGUACCUAGGUUGGGUGUAAUUCUAAUUUUGUCCACUAAAAGAGCUCCAUUUUUUCUUUCAAAUAUCCUAUGUGUAAAGAGGUUCUAUUGUAGUUGCCUCAAAAAGCAGGAGAAGUAUUUUUGGGAGCAUGAUUAAUCAAUGUGGUGUACUUUUUAUAGUUUGAUAGAGAAAAUAGACUGUAAACUGCACCAAAUAAUUAGUUUCCAUGAUACCCUCAACAAACACUGUUUAUUGUAGCAGGCUACACCCCUUUGUUAUACAUAUAAAAAUGUAACCUAAAAGUUGGUAAAAAAUUUGAACAGCUGUGUAUUCACUGUUGUUCACUGUUAUUCACUGUGAUAUCUCAGAUCAACCUCACAGGUAAGGUGUUGAAUGAAUAUUUUGUCUAUCUUUGAUUUUAUUGACACAAAUCCCUAUAAUACCAGCAAUUUUUAGUUUGAUCAGAAAUUCAGUAAAGUCAGAGAGGCAAAAAAUCAGGCAAUUAAACAUUGAUCUAAAUUUGGAAGUUUGGGAUGGACAACAUGUAAGAACAGAUACAUUUACUUCUUGUUCCAUUCCUUUUCAAAGUACUGGGGGAAAUCAGUUAAUUAGUUUCAUAUUUAAAGGCUCAUUAUGUAGAAUCUAACAAUAAUAGCUAGACAUACAAUUAACUGAACUAAAUAAAAUAUCAGGUAUUAUCACAUUUAACUAAUACUUCAUUGUGGGAAAUUGAGAAAAGGUGGAGCUCUCAUUAGGUAAAGAGAGUGUACCCCUUAUUGAAUGUGAAUCAGAUGAACUUGAUUUCUAUGUGGUUCAAGUCGAAAUGGCUUCAGUUCAAAAAUGAUCUAAUGAUUGAUCAGCCUUAACGACUCAGUAAAGAAUAUUCCAACUGAAAGUUUGUUUCCAUUAAUCUUACUUACCAAAGGACUUUGGGGUAUCUUUGGCAGGGCUUACGCCGCCGAUUCCAAGCUGGGGCAAUCAUGUAUAUAACUUACCUCUAUAAUUGGUCGUUUAUUUUGGGCUAUGUUACAUCAUAGUAAGUAGAAAUAUUUCAGUAAGCAGAGCUUUUUCGCCAUUAACAUCCUGGCUCCCCCCACAAAGCCAGAGGCAUCGUGGGUAGGGCAAAUUUUCCGAAAACGGGUUUGAAUUAAAAAUUAUGACGUCAGCAAGGGCAUGCACAGUUUUUUUAGUCAGUCAGUAAAACUAUCAAUAGGACUGAUGAUUAAUAUCUUAGGAAUCUAAAGUAGCAAACAAAACAAUUGAAAAGUCUCCUUAGCAACUUGCCGAUUAUUUCAUCAUAACCUAGUGUCAAAUAAGUCCAGCUCAACAUUUAUUUGACCUCUCUUGGCCCAUUGUUGAUCCCAGCCUGUUUUUUAGAUACUUGAGCUUUAAUAAAAUGCACUCACAUUAGAAAUACCCAUUGGCAAGCUUGCCAUUUCCUGUACAAAUGUACAGAUUUGGAUAGGCAGGCUGUAAAAUAAAUAACAACGAGUUUUACUACUUCCAGAAAAAUUUUCUGUUUUUAUAUCUUCCCUCUUUCAUUGAUUAGUUCUUUUGAACUUUCAUGCUUUAUUAGUUAGCUGUAUUAUUUUGGGAACAUGAAUGCAAUGUUGAAAACAGAUUUUAAGUUUGUUUUGAAACCCAGCGAAUGUUGACUCUGAAUUGAAUGUGUUGACGAUUACCAAAUUCCAUAGAAGCUUCAACCGGUUUCCCCCAUUUACCUUUUCGUAAAUACGAAAGUUGGAUAUUGUAACAAUAUUGUAAGUUGGAAAUAACAAUAUUGUUAGUUGGAAAUAACUAAACAGGCCAUCACACUUUGUAAAUAUGAUGAACUGGUAAUGGUCGAUGUUUUAGUUUAUAUAAUGCAUACCACAAAUAUUUACGAAGAAUAAUCUUUGGCUCCUGUUUUACUUCCUUUUCCAAGAAGUAGAAACGAUCUUGAGUUUAGCCUCGUCUUCGACAGUUAAAUGUGAUGCAUCCAGAUGCAGUCAUGGCGUGAGGCGUUGCCAAGAGAAGGUUUAAGGUGAGAAAGUCUAACUUUGAACAGAUUUGCCACGUCAAAACCUGAUUUCUACUGUGCAUCAAAGAGUUAUAAUGCCAAAACUUUAAAUAGGUGUGCAUUUAGGCCGACUUAGUAGAUCAAAUUCGAAAAACUUUGCAGAUGGCAAAGAUCCACCAACUGUGAUAUUGUCGCGUUAUUUAAAAGCAGGUGUUUUUGGAGAUUUCAAGGUACUGUAUAUGUACUCUGUACAGUAGAUCGAGCUGCCUGCCUGGCUAAGUGUUAAAAUAAAAGUUGUCUAGCCCUCCCUCAAUCAUCAAUAAUCUACAGUAAAAAUUAUUUUAUUUUGUUGUAAAAGAUUUUGCACGUAAAGAUGCACCAAGUUAGUUACGCGUUUUAAUGACCGUAUAGCUGUAGCUGGUGGAUUCAAAAUGGAUGACAGCUCAAACCCAGGAUCUGGCAGAUGUUCAGUUUCAGAUGAACCACAGGAGAGUUAUGUCCCAAUUCGCAUGCUUGGGAAAGGAGCGUUUGGACAAGCAGUUUUGUACAAAAGAGCUGAUGAUAAUACGUUGGUUGUAUGGAAGGAGAUCGAGUUGCCUAAAGUGUCAGAUGAAGAAAAAGAUAGAUCCCUAAACGAAGUUGAUGUUCUUUCCCUGCUUGACCACAUUAACAUAGUGUCAUAUUAUAACCACUUCUUUGAUGAUUAUACUUUGUAUAUUGAAAUGGAAUAUGCUAAUGGUGGAACAUUAUUUGAGAAGAUAAGAGAUCAAGCAGAUUUGCUGCCUGAAAAAGAAUGUGCCUGGUACUUUUAUCAGCUGAUGUCUGCUGUUGGUUAUAUUCACAUUAAUGGUAUUCUUCACAGAGAUAUCAAAACAUUGAAUAUUUUUAUGACUAAAUCUGGAGUUCUCAAACUUGGGGAUUUUGGUAUCUCGAAGGUACUCGAGGAUAAUGUUGAGCUGGCUGAAACACAUGUUGGAACUCCAUACUACAUGUCACCAGAGUUAGUCAAGGGCGAGAAAUAUGAUAACAAGAGUGACAUUUGGGCAUGUGGGUGUGUUUUGUAUGAGAUGUUAUCAUUGAAGAAAGUUUUCGAGUCCACCAAUCAGUUAGCUCUUAUGUGUGCCAUUCUUGAAAAUGACUUUGAGAGUGUUGAUGCUGGUUAUUCAAAAGAAAUUCAAGAGAUCCUAAGCAGUAUGCUAGAUAAAGACUUGGAGAAAAGACCUGAUGCCAAUGAAAUUCUUGCAUUAGAAUAUAUGCAAAAUUUUGCUGAAAAGUUUGAUAGACUUGUGAAGGAGAAUUCAAAAGUUUUGAGUUUCAGGAAGGCAUCAAGCAGAUCUUUUUCAGGUUCAUAUGUUCCAGUUGUGUCAUCUUUGACAAGUGAGAUUUACUGGUGGGGAGGUGGCAAGAAUAUUCCACAGCGAUUAGAGAUAUUUAAAGAAGGUAAUGCAGGAAUGGAUAUUGCAACUGGGCAUAGUCAUUUUGCAGUUGUUACUGUGGAAAGAGAGCUGUUUACAUGGGUUAAUAUACAAGGUGGAACCUCAAUUGUUGGACAACUUGGACAUGGUGACAAGGCUAUGUACAGACUGCCAAAGCGGGUGGAAUAUUUUUUAGGAAUACCUGUAAUUCAAGUUGCAUGCGGAGAGGAUUUUACUGCCAUUUUAACUGAAGAUGGGAUUUUGUAUAUGACUGGAUCUGAUUACUGGGGCUGCAUUGGCCAGGGUCAAUCAGGAGAAGAUGAGGUUUUGCUUCCUGUAAAGGUUGAAAAGUUUGUUAACUCUAACAUUAAAAUUACCCAGGUUGCAUGUGGAGAUUCUCACGUCAUUGCAUUAACCAGCCAGGGUGAAGUAUACAGUUGGGGCUGUGGGGAGUUAGGUCGACUUGGUUUAAAUAAUGAAGAAGAUGCAAGCACGCCACAGCUUGUCAAGAUUCCAAACAUUUGGUCAGAUAUUUCUUCAGUACAUUGUGGUAGAGACAACACCUUUCUUCUGACAGGCAAGGGAAUUUUAUUAGCAUUUGGGAGUAAUGAAAACAACAAACUUGCUCUGAACCAAACUGUUCAGCUAAGGAAAGACAAACCAAAACCAAAAACAGAUAUUGUUGUUGUUCACUAUAGAACCUCAGUGACCAUGGUGCGUUCUUUGAAAAGUUUUAGAAUCAAAGCAGUUGGUGCAGGGAAGGAUCACUCUGCUGUUGUUGAAGCUUAUGGAAGGCUUGUGACUUUUGGAGAUAAUAAAUUUGGCCAGCUGGGCACUGGAGAUUACAAGAAAAUGAUAUCUCCUUAUAUUGUGAAAGGAAGUCUUGUUGGCAAAGAGAUUACCCAAGUUGGUUGUGGAGAUGGUUUUACGGUUGUUGCAACUUCUGAUAACCAGGUUUUCUCAUGGGGUUGCGGUGAUAACGGAAGACUGGGAGUUAAUCCAAAUAUUCUUGGAGGCAAACAGAGUUCUGCAGUCCCACGUCCGAUUUUCGGCUCUUUGCAUAAAGUGGCAAGCCUAAAAUGCCGUCAUUGGCACACGAUCAUCCUUGGUGAGAGAGUUCAUGGAUCUAAAGUUAUUCAGAAAACAGCCUCAUUCCCAGAUUCUAUGUUGUCAUCUUCAGAUCAAAGUUUCAAAUUGAAAAGUUUCUCAGCAUUCCAUUCAUCAGACUCGGGAACUGACGGUACUUUCUCUUCCUGCUUUGAUGACGUUACAAACAUAUCCACCGAAUUUCAGGAACCCGAGGACACGAAAAAUGAAACAACCCCAUCUUGGCUGAAGCAAGAACUUGAAGAUGCAGAGAUCAUCCAUUUAAAGUCGACUUCUGGAUCAUGUCCUGAUGAACCAGGGAAGAAUGGCGAUGACCUUCCACCGUGGCUUGUGCAGGAGCUUGAGGACGCCGAUUUUAUACCUAUGCCGGGAGAGUCAGUUGAAAAUGGUGUUAAAGAAGCAUGGAAGGAUGGCGACGAGUGUGAGACAACGGCGGCAGAAAGCGAUGCAGCCUUACGUCAAGUAAAUAGCCUAAAUCAAGAGCUUCUUGCAAGAAUAAGCGAUCUGGAAGCAGAGAACGAGGAGUUGAGAAAGAAGAAUAAAGAACAAGAGAUUACAAUCAAUACUCUCAGGAAGCAAAACGAAAUUUAUGCUUCGUCCAACAAGAGGCUGUUGACGUUAUCAGGUGGAUUACCUCAGAUAUUUGUAUUUGCCACACAGAUCUCAGAAAAGAUGGCUGAGUUGAACCCUUCACAUGUUCCAGUUAAAGUUAUUGGCGGUGGGAAUUUUUCAGAGAUAAUUGUUCUUAGGAAGAAAGAGGAUAGCUCGCAGGUUUUGUGGAAAGCAAUUGAUCUCGGAGACUGUUCAGAGGACGACAAGGAAAGAUCGUUGAGAGAGGUGCAGAUUUUGAGCAAAUUGAGGCAUGUAAACAUCGUCUCGUAUCAUGAUGCUUUUAUAGAUGACACAAAUCUUUGCUAUGAAAUGGAAUUCUGCGAGGCUGGCACAUUGUACCAGAAGAUCAUGAACAAGUGUGGUCCAUUUUCAGAGACAACUGUUCUUUGGUAUCUAUAUCAACUGUUGUCGGCUGUCGAGUUUAUUCACUCUAAAAAGAUUCUGCAUCGAAACAUUAACUCUUUGAAUGUAUUUCUAACAAAGUCGCACAUAUUGAAACUAGCGAAUUUUGGGAUAGCAAAAGUAAUGGCUAACACUCCCAAAAUGAACGUAGAGGCGUCUGGCGGGAUACCAUAUUACAUAUCACCUGAGGUGGCAAGCAAAAAAGAGCGUUAUAGCCAGAAGAGCGAUGUCUGGGGUUGUGGUUGUGUUGUCUACGAGCUGCUCACUUUGUCACAUGUCUUCGAUGCCGAAGAUUUGGUAUCACUUGCUGUCUCAAUCGCAGUGAAAAAUUAUGACGAAAUACCGGAGGAUUACUCUGAAGAGCUUUGUGAUCUUUUGGAACAAAUGCUGAGUGAGGAGAGUGGUAAAAGACCGUCUGCGUCAGAGCUGUUGUCUAAUGAUUUGUUUGUAGAAAUUAAAAACAAGUUCAUUAAAAUUGCUAAAGAUCUUAAGCUUCUUAGCGAAGAAGACGAAACAGAUGGCGAAAUAAACGGUCAUGCUGAUGCUCCCGUCAAGUUUUCGUCACAGAUUGGUGAGAUAUUUUGCUGGGGAGGAUCGAAGCCAAUGCCGCAGAAAGUCGAGGAGUUCAGUUUGGAAAAUCCAGGGCUGCAAGUUUCAACUGGAAGAAAGCAUUUUGCUGUUAUAAACGAGGAGCAAGAGUUGUUCACCUGGGCAGACAUCUUACAAGAUGAAAAGGAGGAGGAAGACGAAGAUGAGGCAAAUGAGGUCAACGAGGGCGAAAAGGGCAAAGGCCAAACUAUCAAAGGUCAGCUUGGUCAUGGAGACACUGCUCUUUAUUUGUAUCCAAAAAGAGUAGAGUUUUUCAUAGGGAUUCCUGUGACCCAGGUGUCUUGUGGGAAGGAUUUUACUGCAAUAUUGACAGACGAUGGAACCUUGUUUAUGACCGGUUCUGAUUUGGAUGGCUGUAUUGGAUGUGAUCGAGCAUUGGGAGACGAGGUUCUUCUGCCACGCAAAGUAGACAAAUUCACUAACUUAAAAGCUCUACAAGUUGACUGUGGAGAUGCCCAUGUUGUCGCGCUGGCAGAAGACGGUGAGGUUUAUACAUGGGGUUGCGGGCAAUUCGGAAGAUUAGGCCAUGGGACAGAAGAUGAUGUUGCUUUGCCCGAAGCGAUGCCAUUGCCUCCAAAUUGCAAUAAUAUCAUUGCAAUCAAGUGUGGCUUGAACAAUACGCUGAUUUUAACUGAACAAGGCCAUGUGGUAGGAUGUGGCAGCAAUGAAUUUAACAAGAUGGCGUUUAGCAAUCGUGUUUCAGUGCACAGAAUGGCAAUCAAGAAGACUAACAAACAAGACUUCCGGACCUCCCCUCUGCCGAUAAGAGCCCUCAAGUCGUACAAGAUUGUUGCAGUCGACGCUGGACGAAGCCAUUCAGCAGCCAUUGAUGACGAAGGCCGCGUGAUCACUUUUGGUAAUAAUAUGUAUGGACAACUGGGCGCCGGUGAUUUCAGGCAGAAAUCAGCUGCGGUUGUUGUGAAAGGCCCUCUGUUAGGCAAGGAAGUUGUCAGAGUUGGUUGUGGUGAUGGCUUCACUGUGGCUACAACUGCAGAUAGUGUUUAUGCAUGGGGACUGGGAAGAGAUGGCCGGCUAGGCUUAGAUCCCAGUCUCCUUGGAGAGAAGGGAUGUUGUUCGGUUCCACGAAGGGUAUUUGGAUCGUUAAUUAAAGUGACCAGUUUAGCUUGCCAACAGAUGCACACAAUUUUGUUAGGCCAGCAGGUUUUCAGCAGAAAUGUAAAGAACGAGAAGACAGAAAACGACGAGAAGCGCGCCGAAAUAACUAUCGAGAAACUUGGAGCUGAAAACUCCAGACUUGAGCGACUGUUAUUGGAGCAAAAGAAGUCGCUUCGAGCGCUAGAGGAAGAAAACAGUCUGCUUAAAUCAAAGUUAAGCAGCUAAAGACGGGAAAAAAAGACAGUUUUACGUUACCCGUUUUAACUUUUGAUUACUUUCUUAUUCUAAAAGUAUUUGUCAUAUGCAAUCUAUAUGAUCUUGAAGUUCAAAAGGCAUCGUUAAAAAGCAACAUUUAAGGUUUUUCACUGGGGCUGAAUAUUUCAAUAUAAAUUAGAUAAAAGCAGACAUCGCAAGACCUAUUAAUGCCUUUCGUCUAGCAUAUAGCCUUACUUUUUUUUAA